AUGCUAGCGACAUGCAUGCGAUUCACAAACAAUAUCGGAGUGCGUCCAGAGAUACUCGAGCCCGCGGCCGCCAGCCGGCCAUUACUGGUCCGCUUUCUGCGCUUCAUCUCGUCCGAGUACCGCAUCCUGUUCACCAUCAUCUUCUUCCUCAACCUCAUUGGCAUGGUCGCCUUCUUGUGGCAAUGGGGCCUGGAGGGGCGGCCCAAUGAGUCGACCUGCGCCCUCGCCGCGUCCAUCAACCUGGCCAUCUCCAUUGUGAUCCGCGAAGAACACGUCGUCAACUCUCUCUACUUCAUCUUCACGUCGUUCCCGACGUCCGCGCCCCUAUGGAUUCGCAGACGUGCUGGCAGGAUAUACCACCUGGGCGGCCUGCACAGCGGCUGCGCUGUUGCUGGAACCUUCUGGUUCAUCCUGCUCACGAUCGAGAAGACAUACUCGUUCUGUUAUAUCUCUGAGCCGACCCCGGCGCAGUGGGCUCGCAUCGUCGUCAUCUACGUGCUCGACUCCCUCUUCAUGGCAAUGUGUGCCAUGGCAUACCCAACCCUCCGCGCCAAGCUGCACAACGCCUUUGAGCUCGUCCACCGCCUCGCUGGCUGGACUGCUCUCGCAUUGCUCUUCACUCUCAUCUCCCUCGACGUCUACAUCACUAACCCCGCCAACCAGCCCCUGGCCGCGGCGGUCUUCUCCAGCGUGAACCUCUGGCUCGUCUUCAUCUCGACCUGCUGUGUCAUCUCGACCUGGACGAACUGCCGCAAGAUCCGCGUCGUGUCGGAACGUCUCUCGUCGCACGCCGUGCGCAUCUUCUUUAAGUACGCCAGGCCCCAGCCCGGCACCACCAUCCGCCUCGCCACCCGCCCCUUGCUCGAGUGGCACGCCUUUGCUACGGUCAACAACCCCGAGCAGGAGGGGUUCUCCGUCAUCAUCAGCAACGCCGGCGACUGGACCAAGAAGCUCAUCAACGACCCUCCACGCGACCUCUGGGUCCGCCGCACCCCGACCUGCGGCGUGCUGCGCAUCGCGCCCAUGUUCAAGUCCAUCGUCCUCGUCGCCACGGGCUCCGGCAUCGCCCCCUGCCUGCCCGGUCGGCCAAACACGCUGCCGACCGUGCUCGACAUGUACAAGCGGUCCGAGGCGGAGGCCGUCAUCGUCAUCUCGAACCCAAAGCUCACUAUUGAUCUCGUGCUCGACCUCGAGGCGCUGGGUGUUCCUGCUUUUGGGCCCAUCUGGGAUUCUUAG